CAAAAGGUGGCCAUGUUGUACUUAACGCACAACUAGAAAUAUAUUGCGGCCUUCAAAUCCCUCAAAAAUAUCAUGUGUUUGAAUUAGAUGACCAAAAUUUAAUGGUAUUUGUACAUCAAAAAGAUGGCUGGGACACCAUCGCGUUUGGCAUUCAACUGUUACAAACAAGCUCUAGUUGCUUUGAACGUCAUGUAUUUGGUGGUAGGGCUUGUACUAGUAACGGUUCCUGUUUAUUCCAAGCUCAGUUCARUUUUUACUAGUUGGCCUAUUGUUGGAGGAAYAAUAACCUGUGGAGUGUUUAUACUACUUGUUGCUCUUGCUGGAUUGUAUGGAACAUGCAAACAUCAUCAAAUUAUUCUCUUUUUUUAUAUGAUUAUUCUUGUCCUUAUUUUCAUCAUACUKUUUUCAAUGUCCAUUGCUGCACUUUCCAUAAGUUCAUCCCAAGAAGAAACCUUACUKACACGUGGRUGGACUAAKCUUGGACSGAAAACAAGGGCAGAAGUACAAGAGUGGGGARAUUGUUGUGGUUUUAAAAGUAUGAACGCAACUGGAGAUUUGARACAUCCACCUUGUGACAAUGUGAAGUGUUUUAAAACUCAUGAUUGUUCAACAUGUUUUGAAUAUCUUAAAACCCAUGGCCUUGAAGACUUGAAGAAAGCCAUUGGUGGCGUUGGACUCUUCUUUAGUUUUACAUUGUUUGUAGGAGUAUAUCUUGCCUUCAAGUUCAGGCAUCUGAAAGAUCCAAGAGCAAAUCCUGGUGCAUUUUUGUAGCUUAGCAAUUGAAAGACUUUCUUGAAUACAGAGCCGACAAGAAYUGAUGAUUUCAUUGAACAUUGCCUUUAAAAAUGAAAUUACAAUCUAWAUGCUUUCUUUUAAAAAUAAACUUUAACUAAUAUGCAAAUUAAAAAGCGUCGCCUYAAGAUKCUCCAAGUUGCUGGGUCAAAAGAGCUUGGAAGCUAAAUCAGACUGGAGAUGGAACAAUGCCGUUGUGYRAAGAACGACAGAUCAUAGUUAACCAUGGACAGAUAUUACAGUUUGAAUCCCUGUUCUAUUUUCGUAUCUUAUCGAGUGGUUUUCAUGAAAUAUAAAAGUAGUAUUUGUAGUAGUCGAUACACAACGCAGUUAUUUUUAUUCGUUUAGUAUGCUUACGKUUCAAUCCGUGAAACAUUAAGUGCUGKUAAUAAACCCGUGAAMAGUGAUCAGUGCUACUCKUGGAUUUAGCGCGGUACUAUUAAACCCAAUGAAGUAAAAAACACUUGAAAUAGGUAUUAUACUAAUGCAACUUAGUACGCUUUAUAAUUAAAAAAAGAAAAAGAUCAUAAAUAUAAUCAUUAUUAAAUCAAUGCUUUUUCAUGCUGUGUGAAAACCUGGCAUAACAUAACGUCCUCGUAUCAUCUACUAAGGAAUCUAGAGAGAUUCCAAUACGAGGGCAAGUCGUCCAUGUUUAACGUGUUAGAAAACUAGCGAUUUUGACCAGUGAGUGAUAUCCUACACAUCUGUAUCACCAAUGUGAUCCCUGCUGGUUUAUUACAAUAAAAGAACAAAAUGAUAUCA